AUGCACGGGCACCGGACAGGUCUUCUGCCCAAAGUCGUGCAUCACGGACGGGCCGCGGCAGCUCCGGGCGCCCUGGCCGCGCGGCUCGGGGCGGGGCUGCGCGCGGGGCGGAGCGCGGACCCGACACCGCCCCCGGGCUGUCCCCGCGCGCCCGGCCGCGCUCGCGCUCCGGGGAUCGCCCCGCCCAGGCCGCUUCCGCCCGGGCCCCCGCUCUCGCCGGUGCGGGGCCAGCGCUGCCCGUGGCUGGUGCGCGACCCGAGGAAUGAACAGGGAGCGGGGCGCCCGCGGCCCGGACUCCGCCUCGCCCUGCGCCCCGGCCACGCCACAGCCUCCACCAUCUCCUGCGCCUCCACCGCCUCCUCCGCCGCCACCGCCCUCGCCACCGCCCGGCCCGCGCCGCGCCCCGGAGGCCGCCGGCUACUCCCACCAGCUGCUGCUGCUGCUCCUGCACUGAGCGCCGCCCCGCGCGGCGCCUUUGUCCCCGCCGCGCCGGGCCGCGCACCCGGAGGCGCCGGGCGGGCAUGGGGGGCCUCCGCUGAUGCCACCGCCGCCGCCGCCGCGCCGCCCUCCGAGGCUGCGUCUCGGGAAGCCCGGCGGCCCGCGGCCGGCAACGCGCCCCCAUGGAGGCGCCGGGGCUGGCCGCGGCGGCCGCGGCGGACCCCGAUCCUCCGGCAGCCGCGGGGCGCGCCCUCGCCCGAGCCGCCCGGCUACUCCCUGCAGGACUUCGACAUCCUGGCCACCGUGGGGACGGGGACCUUCGGGCGCGUGCACUUGGUGAAAGAGAAGGCUGCUAAGAACUACUUUGCCCUCAAGGUCAUGAGCAUCCCCGAGGUCAUCCGCUUGAAGCAGGAGCAGCAUGUUCACAACGAGAAGUCGGUCCUCAUGGAAGUCAACCACCCCUUCCUCGUCAAGCUGUUCUGGACGAGCCACGACGAUCGCUUCCUCUACAUGCUGAUGGAGUACGUGCCGGGCGGCGAGCUCUUCAGCUACCUGCGCAACCGCGGCCGCUUCCCCUGCAGCACCGGGCUCUUCUAUGCCACCGAGAUCGUGUGCGCCAUCGAGUACCUCCACUGCAGGGACAUCGUCUACAGGGACUUGAAGCCGGAGAACAUACUCUUGGAUCGGGACGGCCACAUCAAGCUCACGGACUUCGGGUUCGCCAAGAAGCUGGUGGACAGGACGUGGACCCUCUGCGGGACCCCCGAAUACCUCGCCCCUGAAGUCAUCCAGAGCAAAGGCCACGGGCGGGCCGUGGACUGGUGGGCGCUGGGCAUCCUCAUCUUCGAAAUGGUGGCAGGGUUCCCCCCGUUUUUUGACGACAACCCAUUUGGCAUCUAUCAGAAAAUUCUCGCAGGGAGGAUAGAUUUCCCAAGGUAUUUGGAUUUCAGCACGAAAGACCUCAUUAAGAAAUUGCUGGUGGUGGACAGGACCAAGCGCCUGGGCAACAUGAAGAACGGCGCCAAUGACGUCAAGCAGCACCGGUGGUUCCGCGCUGUGGACUGGGACGCUGUCCCCCAGAGGAAGCUGAAGCCCCCCAUCGUACCCAAGUUAUGCAGCGAUGGCGACACCUCCAACUUUGAGACGUACUCUGAGAACGACUGUGAGACGACUUCGCCGGUGUCAGAAAAAGACUUGGAAAUCUUCAAGAAUUUCUGAGGAUUCGAACUCACGUUUUCGGAAGGAACACGUCAGCCUGCCCAGGACCAAGAACUUCACCUCCGUCGGCCCAAAGAAAUGCUCUCUCUUGGUGCGAGGAGGACUUUGCGCACUUAUGGACGCCCAACUGUAUAUAGAGGCCGGGGGACAGUUGAGAUUUCACGGACGGGGCAAUUAUGGAAGCAACUGGAACCUUCUCCUGCGCCGUAGGAAAUGGGUUGUGGGGGUUUUUAAUCGUAACCUGUUAGCAGCUGUGCUUCUACUGUGCGUUGGUUGGUUUUCUUGGACUCGAACCUGCAACCAGACCCGCCGGCUCGUAACCACAGGUUGUGCGUGUGUGUGUGCGUGCGUGCGUGAGUGUGUGCGUGCGUGUAAGGGCUUCUCCUUGGCCAAACCUAUUCUUUUCAGUUUUUAAAAAUCCUUUGAAAAAGAAAUGGGUCGCCUCGGAGACAAAGCUCAAAUCUAUGAUGGGUGCAUUUAAAAAAAAAUAAUUCCCCUAACACCGUCUAUGCAUUUUAUAGAUAUUUAUGGAGUUUUUCCUUCCAUAUCGAUGGGACUUUCUCUCUGGACGCUUUACACUUUGGAAAUGCAAAACGGAGAGGGUGCGGAUUGGAGCAGCCGGAGAUGUGCUAAAAAUUUGGAAUGCAAUCUCAACUCUU